CAUUAGUCUUCCAUAACCCUAAGAACAAUCAAUCAAGUAUAUUACAUUCUAUAUAUAUAUCAUAUCUGUACAUAAUUUAAUCUAAUACUAAUCUAUAGUAAUUAUACUAAUUAUUAAUUUGUAUCCUGUAUAUAAUCUGAUCCGUACACGUCAGUUCAAUUUUGAUUUUUUUGGCUGUUUGAAAAGUGAAAACAGAUUUUUUGAUUUCUGAUGAUAAUCAUUAUUAUUUAACUACUUCAAUACCAUCAUCAUUCAACAAUGUCUGAUACUUUUGCCACGAAAGAGGAAGCUGCCAAGAUCUUCGACAGGUUGAAGAAGGAUCCAGCCAAUCAAGUAUGUUUUGAUUGUCCUAAUAAGAAUCCAACUUGGACAUCGAUUCCAUUCGGGAUCUUUUUAUGUUUGGAAUGUUCAGCUGUUCAUAGAAAUUUAGGAGUUCAUAUUUCAUUUGUUAAAUCAUCUAAUUUGGAUUCAUGGCAAAGAAUACAAUUAAGAAACUUCAAGUUUGGUGGAAAUCAACAAGCUAAAGAAUUCUUUCUUAAAAAUGGUGGAUCUCAAUAUGUUAAUAAUAAAAAUCAUAUCGAUGCUACUGCUAAAUAUUCAUCUCCAGUAGCUAGUAAAUAUAAAGAAAAGUUAAAACAAAGAGCAGUUAAAGAUGCUGAAAAACAUCCUGAUGUGGUGACAUUAGAUGACAUUACCGAUAAUUUAUCGUUAAAUGAUUCUAAUGGUGAAUCAUCUACUGAUGAUUUCUUUUCAAAUUGGAAUAAACCAAUCAAUUCAACUCCAUCUCCUUUAUCAUCAAGAAAUAUUACCCCAACUGCUUCUACUGAUGAUUUAACUAUCAAAAAGAAAGCUGUCACUACUAGAACUUCAUCUUCAGCUAUUGCUUCAUCAAGACUAAAGAAUAAUGGUACUGCCGCUAAAAAAUCCAUUUUAUCAUCAAAAGGUAAUGGACCAAGAACUACAAGAGCUGCCAGAAAAGUUAAUAAACCUGAAGGGGAAGAAAUUGAUUUUGAUGAAAUUGAAAGAAAAGCUAAAGAAGAAGCUGAAGAAGCUAAAAGAUUAGGUUAUAAUCCAAAUACUGAAGAUUCAACCACAACUUCAAAAGCUGCCACUUCAACUGGUGGAUCAAGAAAAACUUCUUUAUCAUUAGCAUCAUCAUCAUCAAUCAAAAAAGAAAACAAUUUCACUCCACAACCAAUUCAAGAAACCACUGUUCAAUUUCAGAAAUUAGGGUUUGGUAUGACUCAAGGUGAAAAUGUUAUUGCUUCAAAUGGACCAAAUAAGAAAUAUAAAGAAGUUAAAUAUACUGGAGAAGUUACUAAUAAAUAUGGUAGUCAAAAGGGGAUUUCAUCUGAUGAAUACUUUGGUAGAGGACCAAGAUUUGAUGAACAAGCCAACAAUGAAGCUAAAGCUAAAUUACAAUCUUUUAGUGGUGCUCAAUCUAUUUCUUCAUCAUCAUAUUUCGGAGAAGAUGAGCAACAAGGUGGUGCUGGUGGUUCGGGUCCCCGUGGUCAAAGAAGUGCUUCUAUGAGUGGUCAAUUGGGUGAACUUGAAGCUUCAGCUAGAGAAUUUGCCUCUAGAUUUAGUGGGAAUGCAAAUCAAGAUUUGGACGUAUUGAAAGAUGCUUUAGAAGAUGGAGCUACUAAAUUAGGUUCAUACUUGAGAGAUUUCUUACGAUAAUCAGUGCCAACCACUGGUUCUUUUGAUCGUGAUGUUUUCAAUUCUUUAGUAUUAUUUAGUUUGUUGUUUUUUUUAUUUUCUGUUUAUGUAAAAAAAGAUCCUAAUUGUAUAAUACGUAUAUAUAUAUAAACAACAAUAUAUUUUUAUUUUAUUAUUUUCAUUAUUUAAA